UCAGUGAACAAAAGUUGUGCCAAAGUAGCGAAAUACUGCCCAACCCAGCUAAAAUCUCCCCGUUUCAGAAUAUCUUUCAGCACUCACCCCUUCUACCUCCAUUUCCCUCUUUCUCAUAUUUUCUGUACAUUCAUAGGUGUUAAUUUGUUCAUGUUGAUUGCUUGUAAACCUCAACAACCAUGGCCUUAGUGCCCAUCCAACACUUCUAUCCAAGAGCUACUACCUUCAUGGACUCAUUUCAGAGCUCAGUAUCCAAACUUCAUGUUAAAACCCGCCUGCAAUUCCUCAGGUAUGGUUAUUCAAUUCCAUUAAAGAAACAAGCUUUCUUUAUAGCCAAUAAGAGUACCAUGAAUUCAGACUCAAUCCAACGACAAAAUCCUCAUAAAAGUUUUGAUUUUGAUGGUAGAACAAAGAAUAAAGAAUGGUAUUUUGCCAGUAAAGGUUCAAACGCUAGUGAGGUGAGCUUGUCUAGGAAUUCUUGGUUGGAUAAAUGGAAUGAAACCCACAAGCAGGAUAAGAAACUUAAAAGGCCUCAGGUAGUGUUGAAUUAUAGAAAUAACGGGGAGGUUUCAAGUUCUGAUUGUGAAGAAAGUGGUGGUGGUACUGGUACUACAAUGGAGAGAAUUGUUGAAAAAUUGAAGAAAUUUGGGUAUGUCGAUAAUGUCACUGACAAGGUAGGGGAGGAUAGAGUGAUUGAGAGAGGGUCUAUUGAGGACAUAUUUUAUAUUGAAGAAGGGAUUUUGCCUAAUACUAGAGGUGGGUUUUCAGAGAAAUCGCCAUUUGGGGAUGAGAGUGUGGUGGGAAGUGAUGGAGAAGUGAGGUUUCCGUGGGAGAAGGACGAGGUAAAAGACAAGGAGAGGUAUUCAGUGAGGCAGAAGAGUAAAACUUCUUUUGCUGAACUGACUCUUCCCGAAUCUGAGCUUAGGAGGCUGAGGAACAUGGCUCUUCGGAUAAAGAAUAAGACGAGGAUUGGUGGUGCUGGUGUUACUCAAGAGGUUGUCGAAAAGAUACAUCAGAAGUGGAAGGGAUCUGAGGUUGUGAGGCUGAAAGUUGAGGGGGCUCCUGCACUUAAUAUGAGGCGAAUGCAUGAAAUUUUAGAGAGAAAAACUGGUGGGUUGGUAAUCUGGAGAUCAGGCACUUCCGUUGCUCUUUACAGAGGUGUAGGAUAUGAAGCUCCUUCUGAACGAUUGAAGAAAAGGAUUUAUAAGGAAAAUGAAAUCCCUCAUGAUCAAUCUCCAGUUACUACCAUCAGUAAUAGCAAUGACCAUUUAGAAUGCAAUCCUUGCAGCAAUGUGCAUACACCUGAAUCUGUAACAAGUUUUAGCAAGGAUGCUGGGGAGAACAGAAGCAUUGGAUCAUUGCCAGAAGUCAAGUAUGAAGAUGAGGUAGGCAAUCUGUUAGAUGGCCUUGGCCCAAGGUACACUGAUUGGCCAGGAGCUGGUCCAUUACCUGUGGAUGCAGAUUUGCUUCCCAGUGUCAUUCCCAGUUAUCAACGUCCUUUCAGAUUACUUCCCUACGGUGUCCGAUCUACCCUUGGAAUGAAGGAGGGAACGGCGUUACGCAGACUUGCCAGAUCGCUACCUCCGCAUUUUGCACUGGGCAGAAGCAGGCAACACCAAGGUCUGGCUGUCGCCAUGAUUAAGCUCUGGGAAAGAAGUUCCAUUGCAAAAAUUGCUCUGAAACGUGGUGUCCAGCUAACUACAAGCGAAAGAAUGGCUGAAGAUAUCAAGAAUUUGACAGGGGGAGUACUACUCUCUAGAAACAAGGACUUCUUGGUGUUUUAUAGAGGGAAAAACUUUUUGUCACCAAAUGUUGCUGAAGCUUUGCUGGAAAAGGAGAGACUGGCUAAGACAUUGCAAGAUGAAGAAGAACAUGCACGCUUGAGGGCAUCAGCCUUGGUUACACCAAGUAGGGUAAUAAGUGAUGAAUCUGGAACUGCUGGUACUCUUGGAGAAACAUUAGAUGCUCAUGCUAGAUGGGGCAAAAAACUAGAUGAUGAUCUCAAGGCAAAAGUUAUGAGAGAAGCAGAAAUGCUGAGGCAUGCCAACCUUGUCAGAAAGCUCGAAACUAAGCUUGCUUUUGCUGAAACAAAGAUAAGUAAAGCUGAACGAGCUCUCUCAAAGGUGGAAGAGACCUUAUAUCCGGCAGAUCGGGCUGCAGAUCUUCAGAGCAUUACUGAUGAAGAGAGGUUUAUGUUUAGAAAGCUUGGUUUAAGGAUGAAAGCAUUCCUACUUCUAGGUAGACGUGGAGUUUUUGACGGUACUGUGGAGAAUAUGCAUUUACAUUGGAAAUACCGCGAACUGGUCAAGAUCAUUGUAAAGGCUAAAAACUUUGAAGAAGUCAAAGCUAUUGCAUUAUCCCUUGAAGCUGAGAGUGGUGGUCUGUUGGUUUCUGUUGACAAAGUAUCGAAGGGCUAUGCUAUAAUUGUUUUUCGGGGUAAGGACUAUAAGAGGCCUUCCACUCUGAGGCCUAAGAAUCUCUUGACAAAAAGAAAAGCGUUGGCUCGCUCUAUUGAGCUUCAAAGGCGCCAGGCUCUCCUGAAGCAUAUUGCAAGGCUGCAAACAAACGUGGAGCAGAUAAGAGGAGAAAUGGAACAAAUGGCAAAUGUGAAGGACCAAGGGGAUGGGGAGCUGUAUGACAGAUUAGAUUCUGCUUAUCCCACCGAGGAUGAUGAGGACAGUGAGGAAGAAGAGGAUGGCGCAUACCCUGAGACAUAUGGCAGUGAAACUGAUCUCGUAGACAAAAGUGAUGACCCUUUUAGUAGUCACCAUUCGGGGAAUUUUGUAUAUCGUACUGGAGAAGUAUCAGAAUCAGAAACAGAAUAUGUGGAGCCAUAGAGCUCGGCAUUCAACAGUGCAAUGUUAGCAUCAUUGGAAUUGGAGGAACAAAGGUGCAGAUGGGCAAACUAACAGGAAGCAGCAGCAGCAGCAGCCAUACAGGUUGCCUUACUAUCCAACGAACAAACUAUGUUCAUCAAUCCAUGAUGCGUGGCGUCUUGUAGUCUUCCUUGAAUCGUUCCAUUCAUUUUAUUUGUAGCUAACUGUACAUGUCCAAAGAAAGUCUUGGCAACAGGCCAGUAAUUGAGUCUCAUAGUCAUGAUAUGGUUUUUGAGCUGUGCA